UCUUCUCUACUCUCUCUCUCUCUCACUCGCUCUGUGUCUCAUUCAGCUGCAUUCUCCCGUUUAAUCCCUCCACUGUGGAGCGCACACAGAGGUGAUUUCGGCUCCCAUGCUGGUUGUUAGUGGCUAGACUGGGGCAAGCGGAGCUGGAGUUGGAAACCUGAGGGAGAGGACAGGGGAAUUCCAUCAGAAGAUUUUUUUUUUUUUUUUUUUUGCGACAGUGGAGAUUAUUUGCUUUACAAUACCUGCGGAAAGAGGACACCGGCACCGCUGGCCGCACAAUGCGCAAGAGGGGGCGUAAUAGACAAAGACCUACGCCACUACCUCAACCUGCGCUUCCAGAAAGGCUCAGUGGACCACGAGCUGCAGCAGAUCAUCCGGGACAACCUCUACCUCCGAACCAUCCCCUGCACAACCCGGCAGCCCAAGGAAGGAGAAGUCCCCGGGGUGGAUUAUAAUUUCGUGACUGUUGACCGGUUUAUGGAAUUGGAGAAAAGUGGAGCCUUGCUCGAGAGUGGAACAUAUGAAGAUAAUUUUUACGGCACCCCUAAGCCUCCAGCCGAGCCCAGCGCCCUGCUGCUGAAUGUAACGGACCAGCUGCUGCCGGGCGCCACACCCAGCUCCGAGGGCAAGAGGAAGCGCAACAAGUCAGUCAGCAACAUGGAGAAAGCCGGCAUCGAGCCCCCCGAGGAGGAAGAGGAGGAGAGACCAGUUGUCAACGGCAACGGUGUUGCUGUCACCCCAGAGUCCAGCGAACAUGAGGACAAGAGCACAGAUGCUUCGGGGGACGUCCCUCCCCAAAGCAGCCCUGCGGACGUCCGCGCAGAGACGUCUAAAGACGAGGGUCAGUCCUCUGAUAUGGUUGCACCCAAACCAGAAGAGAACGAUGAGCUCGGGCCCCUACCAGACAACUGGGAGAUGGCCUACACGGAGAAGGGAGAGGUCUACUUCAUAGACCACAACACCAAGACGACAUCGUGGCUGGACCCCAGGCUCGCCAAGAAGGCAAAGCCGCCUGAGGAAUGCAAAGAGGACGAGCUUCCAUACGGCUGGGAGAAAAUCGAUGACCCCAUUUACGGCAGCUACUAUGUGGACCACAUAAAUAGAAGAACCCAGUUUGAGAAUCCGGUCCUGGAGGCGAAGAGGAGACUCCAGCAGCAGCAGCAGAUGCAAAGCCAGGGUCUAUCCUCACUGCCCCUCCCCACCAUCUACAGAGAGAAGCCCCUGUUCACGCGGGACCCCACUCAGCUGAAAGGCAGCUUCCUGUCCACGUCGCUUCAAAAGAGCAACAUGGGGUUCGGCUUCACCAUUAUCGGCGGCGACGAGCCCGACGAAUUCCUGCAGGUCAAGAGCAUUAUCCCCGACGGACCUGCUGCAGCUGACGGAAAAAUGGCGACAGGUGAUGUCAUUGUCUACAUCAAUGACAUGUGUGUUCUGGGCACCACCCAUGCCGAUGUGGUCAAACUCUUCCAGUCAGUGCCGAUUGGCCAAAGCGUCACCCUUGUUUUGUGCCGUGGGUACCCUUUACCCUAUGACCCUGAGGACGCUGCUAACGCCAACAACAACACCGCUGCAACCACCACCAUCAUCUCCCCACUGGGCAUCAUGGAGCAGCGGCCCAUUAUGGUGAAUGGGAGGUCGGGCUAUGACAACUACCUGGACUAUAUUUCUCGUACGACGCGCUUCAUUGCCGACCCUAGCCAAGACCAUGUCAACAACCAGCAACAGCUGCUCACCCCUCACGCAGGUGACACUCACUUGGAUGGUUCGCUUCCUCCCACAACAGGCACCACGCCCCCUGACAGCGUCUCCAUGGCGUCUUCAGGUGCCACCCAGGGCGAACUGCUAACCAUAACCAUGGUAAAGGGUGCAGACGGGUUUGGCUUCACCAUCGCAGACAGUGCUUCGGGCCAACGUGUCAAGCAAGUCCUGGAGCCUCAGGGCUGCCCGGGCUUGUGCGAGGGGGACCUGAUUGUGGAGAUUAAUAAGCAGCUCGUCCAGGGCUUCACGCAUUCCCAAGUGGUGGAGAUGCUCAAAGAGUGUGCGAUUGGCACUGAGGCCUCCCUGGUGGUUCAAAGAGGUGGAACAGGUCAUUAUUCACCCUGGGAGGCUCCCAAGCAGGUUCUGGAGCAGUGGGAAUCUCAGCAGGUCCAAAGCCAGACUAGCCCUGCUCAGACCGGCCUGUCUGUUAUCCCCCACAGCACCCCCUACCCAACGCACCAUCUUCCCAGGGCUUCAGUCCCAGACACGGCCCCCAAGGCCCCACCUAAAGCAGAACUUUAUGACCUUUAUGAGAAGUCCCGUGGUGUUUUUGAGAGUAGGCAAACUGGCCAAUCGCGGAGUGUGUUAGCUGUGGACUCCACAGGGGUGGAGUAUCAGGACAUGGAGGUGCAUCUACGCCGGCAGAAGUCCGGGUUUGGUUUCCGGGUCCUGGGCGGGGAUGAGGCAGGGCAGCCUGUGAGUCCGGAGACACAUGAGAAGAUCUUAAUCGGGGCAAUCAUUGAGAAGAGUCCAGCAGACGUAGACGGGCGCUUACGACCCGGAGAUGAGUUGUUGUUUGUGGAUGGGAUCCCAGUGGUGGGAAAGCCACACAAAUAUGUCAUCGACUUGAUGCAUGGCGCAGCACGCAAUGGCCAAGUCAAUCUGGUCAUCAGGAGGAGGAUACAGGCAACAGGCAAUUCCUGUCCGGAAAACGGACGCAGCUCCGGGUCCGUCUCCACACAGCACAGUUCCCCACGCAGCGACUUCACAUAUGGCAACAGCAGUGGCCAAGCUGGCAUGGGUAACACCACGUCUGUGGAUGGGGCAGCAGCGCUGAACGCACAACCGAGCGACGUCACCAUCAAUCGAAAGGAGAGCGAAGGCUUCGGCUUCGUCAUCAUCAGCUCACUGAACCGUCCCGAGGCGGCCGCCACCAACACUGUGCCCCAUAAAAUUGGCCGCAUCAUCGAGGGCAGCCCGGCGGACCGCUGCGGGAAGCUGAAAGUGGGAGACAGGAUCCUGGCGGUAAACACUCAGUCCAUCGUCAGCAUGCCGCACGCCGACAUCGUUAAGCUCAUCAAGGACGCAGGCCUCAGCGUCACCCUGAGGAUCAUUCCACAGGAAGAAAUCAGCAACCCCCCUUCAGCCCCCAGCUCAGAGAAGCAGAGCCCUCUGGCCCGGCAGCACAGUCCAAAGACCCAGUCCAGCACUGCAGCCUCCCAGCCAAGUUCAGUGACCACAGAACCUAACCCCUCUGUUGACCAGCCCAGUCCCAUGCCCCAUCAGAGCCCUGUGACCCAGCUUCCCACCUCUACGUCUCAGACCUACACCCAUGACAGCAGUUACAGGUCAGAGGUGAAGGCGCGGCAAGACGUGAAACCAGACAUCCGGCAGCCACCAUUCACAGAUUACCGUCAGCCACCGGUGGACUACCGGCACCCUCCUGUUGCAGACUACCGGCAACCACCGACGCUGGAAUACAGACACCCACCGCUCCCGGACUACAGACAGCUCGCCACGGACGCCAGACAGUUUGCAAUCCUAGACUACCGAAUGCCUCCUGUUCAACUUUCACAGGACUUCGACUUCUUCACAGUGGAGCUGGAAAAAAGUGUGAAAGGCUUCGGUUUUAGCAUCCGUGGAGGACGGGAGUACAAGAUGGACUUGUUUGUACUCCGCCUGGCAGAGGACGGACCGGCCAUGCGUAACGGCAGGAUGAGGGUUGGAGACCAAAUAAUUGAGAUCAACGGGGAAACCACCCGGGAUAUGAUGCACGCCAGAGCCAUUGAGCUGAUCAAAUCAGGAGGGCGGCGUGUUCGCCUCCUCCUUAAAAGGGGUACGGGGCAGGUCCCGGAGUAUGACAAUGCCACUCCACGGGAUGCUCACCUCUCAGCCUCCCCAAGCUUGUCGGAAGUAGCUCCUCCCAUCGACAGCCUUCCCAUGUCAUCGCAUUCAUCCCAUCUGGUCCCGGCCCCUGACCCAGGUCACCUGUCGCCUCUGGACAUCCCUCGAGACCUGAGCAGGACGGAGCGUUCAAAGAGCCCCGGCGAGGCCGAGCUGCUUAAUCCAGAUCUGAUCGGCCAGGGGAGGAGAGCAGCCGUGACCGGCGGGAGCGUCCGAACUAAGGCGGAGGGUGGCAGGUCCAUUCAAAAGGGCGGUGGGCACAAGUUGCAGCCCACGAGCGAGGGGGAAGGUUUUAAAGAAGGGCAGAGCGGGGAGCCCAAAUCUUCCAGAAGCACCAGGGGAGGAUCCAGGGAGAGAAUUCCUGGGGACAGCCGUUUUCCUGGCAGGAAAACGGAAUCAAACCAAUCUCCUAAACUCCCAGAUAUGAACUCAAAUGGAAACAGCGGGGAAGAUGGGGAGCGUUCCAUGGGAGGGCAGCAGGUGGAUCCCCGGACCAGAGAACUGGACAGGAGCUUGGGAGAGAGCCGGUCCAGUCUUCCCAAAAAGAGCGUUGGCAGUGCGGUGGGGAAGAGGAGCGCAGUGUCUCCUGGGCCAUGGAAGAUCCCGGGAUCGGACAAGCUGCCCAGCACGCUGCGUACAGGCGCGUCCACCUUAAACAGAUAACACCGCAGCUUCGUUACGGUGGCCAAGGACGGAAUAUGUCAGAUUCAUCUGGACACAAGUACCCUUCCACCUUGCUCCUCCCCUUUUGCCCUUGUUCACCAAUCACAGUUUCCCAUUGAUAAGAGUCAAAACCGGGGGGGCAGAGUGAUCUGGACCAUGUGUUUUUAGAACAACGUUUUAUUUAUGAAGCUGUACUCUAAAUUAUUUUUUAGAAAUAUUUUACACCCACCACCUUAAGAACUGGAAAAUCAUCCACCUUUAAAAAA